AUGCCCGAGGCCCCGCCUUCAGAACUAACACUUAUACGACGUUACCAAUGCGUUUCCGCCAAGACAGAGAUUACUUCUGUGGGCAUGUCUCCUACUUCGUCUUCUUUGGCCUCCGCAUUCAGCGUCUAUGCCACCCCAAGCACAGGUCAGUCGUGGGUUGACGUUUUUGACCUAUCCAGCCAGAAGGGCUACACCAAAGUCACCGGCUCUCACGCUGCUCUUGGACCCGCGGGGGCUGCUAAGAACCGAGUUGCAACCAUCCGGGAUUGGACUGUGCAAGUUGGCCAGGGUGUGGAAUAUCACCAUGGCAGCACCGUAUUAGUUCGGGACCUUUGCACAGGCAAGACGAUCGUUGAAUUAAAGGGGGCUGUUUCUGGGCCUGUUGUCUGGAGCAGAGAUGGCAUUGCUAUUGCGGCUGGUGAAGGCAACGGAAGAAUGGGAGUGUGGGACGCGCGAACGGGUGCUAGAGUCGGCAGAGUUGUCAGUCACAUAGACAAGAUUACCCACGCUGCCUUUACACCCGAUCACAAGGUUGUUACGCUCUCCCGCGACGGCACGGUUCGCAUCACGGACCCCAGGACUGCCAAGACCAUCACGAAGCUCGAAAUCGAGGGCCGCGGAUCAACCAAUCCACGCCAGCUGGCCGUUUGCCCCAAUGGACGGACCAUUGUGUCACUUUGGGGAACCAUGGUUCAUAUCUGGCUCCCGCAGACCAACUACCUCACUUCGUACAAUCUCAAUGCCACCCGCGCCACAGAGGGCUGGCCCCUUUGCAUCUCUCCGGAUCUGCGCUGGAUGGUAAAUCGCACUGAAAAUGGCUUCGAUGUUGUCGAUGUCGCCUCUGGACUUAUCGCUUGGGAAGGCCGCGAGAAUGACAGUGUUGGAAGCAUGGUCACUGCUGCUGCAUUCUCUGCCGAUACCAAAGUACUUCUGUUAGGAAGAAUGAAUGGCACCGUAGAGGCUUGGGAUCUCGAAGAAGGGUCGGCCAUUCAAAGUGCUAGGUCUGGCGUUGAACGACUUGGCCUGACUGGCUGA